AUGACAUCACAGUAUAACGGUGACACCAACUCGACCACUAUAGACCCAAACAAUCGAGAAGGGGGUCUGGUCAUAGACCAGUCAAAUAACCUACCAUCUAGCUCAUCUUCAUCUUUGAACCAUUCCCAUUUUCAAAAACCACAAGUGUCGAAUCUUACAAAGAACUUGUUAUCAUCUUCUGGUGGACAAACUACACCCGUGGCCACGAAUGUGAAUUCCAAUACAGCAUCAAAUCAACAAAAUUUAUUCACAAAUACACCCAGCAGUUACACUGAACCAAUUACAAAUAGAGUUCUUCCUAAUUUGAAGGCUAGUGCAAGCCAGAUGAGCAAUUCAUUUAGUGGUUCUUUCCAUCAGUCGCAUGUACACAACCACAACGAUUCCAUUAAUUAUAUUCCAUCAUCGCAUAAUACUCCCACUGCCGUGAGUAGUUCGUAUACAUCACAUCACUCUUAUCCAGCGUCUUUGUCGAGUGUUAACAAUUUUAUUAGUCAGCCGUCACAACAGCAACAGCAACAGCCUAUACCAUUGAGUUUCAAACCACCUGGUGUAGUGCCGAAUUCGAUCCCAACCACGAAUGUGCAUAACGAUACUGCAAAUAGAUUUUCGUCUGUUUCUUCCACUGGUUCUCCAUUCAGUAAUUCGCCAUUUGCAACAUCAACCCAAUUUCAAUCACCUGCAUCGAUAGCUCAGCCCGUUCACCCAAGCUCGUUGCAGCAAGUUCAACAACAGAGAUUUCCAAACUCAUUCCCCAAUACAACAGUAACGCAUUUUCCCAAUCCUCCAAAUCUACAACAGCUGGCAAUAAACAGGACCCAACACAAUAACAACAACCAUAACCAUCACCACCACCACCAACAACAACCAAUAGUGACAGAUACGCUGGUUUCUACCAGUGGAUCUACUACACCAGUGGAGAAUCAAAGACCAGCUGUUAAGUCAGUACAGUCUACUCCGUCUUUACCACAUGGAAAUCAACACGAUCAAAGUGCUCGAUCUCUGGCACUGUCACAAUCGUUCCAAACAUACGUACAACCUGAGCCUGACCAUUACAUGACAUAUAGUGAAUUCUUACAUAAUUUGAGUGUAAAAGAUAGUCAAGAUGAGUCAGCUGCAUAUGAAGAACAUUUAAAUAUUGUUGAGUAUCCUGUUAAUGAUUUGAUAGUUAUGUUAUCUUGUUUGUUGACAAAGAUAAUUGAGGCAAAUGAUAAAUUGCAUCCAAAUCAUUUUGAAAAUACUAUUGCUAUAAGACAAAGACUAAAAGAAGAGAAACGACUUAAGAAAUUGCAACGUCAAAAUAAAUUACAACUGGAGAAUGAUGACGCUUAUGACGAAGAUGAUAUAGAUGUCGAUAGAACAGACCGAAGCUUUCAUGGUAAUAAUGAUGGCAUGGAUCAAGACGAUGAUUCUAACGCAAAUGUACAAAACAAUGACAAUAUCGAUAAUGAUGAUGAAGAAGAAGAUGACGAUGAAGACGAUGAGAUGAAAAAUAAAUAUUUGGCCAAUGUUUUGGCAUUCCAUGGGACAAAUAUCCCUGGGAUUUCAUUGCAAUCUUAUUUGGGUCGUGUUUUAAAGUAUUGUCCUGUUACAAAUGAAGUCUUUUUAUCUUUAUUGGUUUAUUUUGAUAGAAUAGCGAAAAAAGCAAACAAUUUGAAUCAAAAAAAGAAGAAUUCCAAUAGUAAUGGUAAUUCUACUGGCGGCACUGGUUCUGAUAAUCAAUCAUCUGAAGCUGAACAAUUAUUUGUCAUGGAUUCUUAUAAUAUUCAUAGAUUAAUCAUUAGUGGAAUUACAGUCUCAUCAAAGUUUUUUCUGGACAUUUUUUAUAAGAAUCUUCGAUAUGCCAAAGUUGGGGGUUUACCAUUAGAGGAAUUAAAUUAUUUGGAAUUACAAUUUUUACUAUUAUUAGAUUUCAAAUUGAUGAUUUCUGUUGAAGAUUUACAAAAUUAUGGUGAUUUAUUAUUAAGAUUCUGGAAACGAGAACAGAUUGCUAAUGAAUUAGUACCCAAUAAUAAUGAUAAUGAAACUAAAGAACAUCAAACGCAAACACAAAGCUAA